AUGGAAAGUAACUCAUCACCAACAAUUGAGGAAACUCUAACUAGUGAUGAUUCAAGUAAUGCAUUAGAUGGUGCUCUUGAAGGAGACCAGCCCUUUGACAUAUGUCAUCUGUGUGAGGAUAAACUGAAGUCUCCCAAGAUACUGUCAUGUCUGCAUGAGUUCUGUGAAGAUUGCUUGAAGAAAAAGCUGGAGAGUGAUAAGGAAGGAGAAAAUGUGUCUCCGAGUAGUCCUUUAGCGAAAGAAUGGAUGAUUGAGGUCAUAAAGUGUCCUAUUUGUGACCAGAAGACACGUUUACCUGAAAAGGGUGUCAGUGGUUUGCUGUCGGACUUAGUCUUAGAAGACAUCAUGGAAUCUGACAGGGGAGAUAAACAGCAUAUUGGCUGUACAAGCUGCAAAGCCGGUGACAAUGCUGUAGCACGGUGUAGAACAUGUGAAAAUUUGCUGUGUCCUAAUUGUGUUACCGCUCAUCAGUUUAUGAGAUGCUUUGAAGAUCAUAAGGUGGUGACAUUUGAAGAGAUGAUCAGCACUGGUGAGGGCAUUGAACACCUGAGGAAACCUGUGUUUUGUUUAAACCAUUCACUGGAAAUCAUCAAGUACUUCUGUACUUCGUGUAAUGUACCAGCUUGUGGUGAAUGUCUGCAGAAGUCCCACAGUAGCCCUGAACAUGUGGUGAAACAGCUUGCUGAGGGUGUUGGUGCCAAGAAGGGUACUCUGGUUGACUUCACUAACGAAUGUGCAAAUAAGCUGAUUGAGUGCCAGAAGAUGAAUGCCAGUCUGAAUGCAGCCUUUGAAGACUUGGAAAUGCAGAAGGACAACACUAAAGGGCUCAUUAUGGAAACGUUUCAAAGCUAUAAGGCUCUGUUGGAGGAUUUAAGGGAUAAAUACUUAAAUGAAGCAGAUGAACUUCAUGGGAAACGAGAGUUGUGUCUGAUGGAUCGCAUGCACAAGCUGUCUACCUAUGAGAACCAGCUCUCUCAGGCCAAAAACUUUGUGGAGCGUGUGUGUCAAAAUGGACACGCUGGCCAGAUUUGUCAGCUGCUGCAGCCAAUGUUGACUCAGCUCAAUACGCUUUGCAUGGGCUUUAUAAUGCCUGAUAUUCCUGCAAACACCGAGUUCAGAACUGAUGUUACAGCAUUUACAAAUGUUGUGAAAAGUCACUUUGGCUAUUUCUCGAAGGAGAAGAAUAGUUCAGUGAAUGGAUCAGCCGUAUGCUCGCCUUUUGAAGCUGAGCAUUUUUCCUUGCCAAGCAUGAUGUCCCUGGGCAAUUCAAACAUGAUGCCGCCACAGAUGAACCACGACCUCAUGAACAGCAUCAACAAUUUGACCCGAGAGCAUUUAGGACUUGGAAUUAGGCAUGAUAUCAACAACCUUCAGCUGUCUAAUGUUAUCUCCUGCUUGAGUUCGGUCAACCUGUCUAACCACACAGAGAAUUCUGCCCUGUCUGGGAACAACAGUCCCUUUUCUGAUAGUGGCAUUUCGGUGGACAAUGUCAGUCACAGCAGUGGUGGCAAUGCAAUGAUCAAUGCUGCUGCCAUGAUGAAAUUACACAAUCCCAGUCCGUUGUUUACUGGCAUGGGCAUUGGUGGACCUGCAGGAAAUAUGAUGACUGCUGCAGGGGACAAUGCACUGGCAAGUUUCCUUGGCCCCGCCACACCCAACCCAGGUUCAAGUAUGUCAGUACAACAUGCCAACAUUGAAGGACUUGUAUCACUGCUGAACCAGCCGCCUCCAUCCCUUGGCUCAUUAGCCAAUAUUGGACCGUUCGAGCAGUUCACUUCCAUCCCAUCAGAGCUGAGUUCACCUGGAGGUAGUCUCAAUGGGGAGCUGUUCUCUGCGGCACGUCGCAACGCUGCUAAAGUGAAUCCCAUGCAGAUAAGCAGGUUUCAAGGUGCAAUGGGUGACACAGAGAUUGGCCAUUGGGGACCUCAGCACAAACAGAUCAAUGAAGUUCCUCUAAGAUGCAAGUUUGGACAGCUGGGCCCUGGUAAAGGACAGUUUAACUCUCCGCAUGGUUUCUGCCUGGGUGUUGAUGAGGACAUUAUUGUGGCAGACACCAACAACCAUCGCAUCCAGAUAUUUCUCAAGACUGGCGAAUUUAAGAACCAGUUUGGAAUACCAGGAAGAGAAGAAGGACAACUUUGGUACCCUCGUAAAGUUGCAGUGAUGCUGAAAGUGGGCAAGUUUGUCGUGUGUGACCGUGGCAAUGAAAGAUCAAGAAUGCAGAUCUUCAACAGGAAUGGGCACUUUUUAAAGAAAAUUGCCAUCCGCUAUAUUGAUAUAGUUGCUGGAUUGGCCAUAACCCCUGAAGGCAACAUAGUAGCAGUGGACAGUGUUUCGCCAACUGUGUUUGUCAUUUCUGAAGCUGGUGACCUGAUUAAGUGGUUUGACUGCAGUGACUUCAUGCGAGAGCCAUCAGAUAUUGCUGUCAACAACAAUGAAUAUUUUGUCUGUGACUUUAAGUUUUUUCCUAAUGGCAUCGACAUCAGUGGCCAUGGAGAUGUGCUUAUAGGUGACAGUCAUGGCAACCGAUCUCUGAUCAGUGAAUUUCAAUGCCCCUACGUAAAGGUCAGUCGUUGCUGUGGAUUGAAAAUCACCAGUGAGGGAUAUAUUGUCACCUGGCAAAGAACAAUCACCAUGUUUUGGUUCUGA